UAAUAAAAUAUAUUAUAUUGUCUACCGAAUCAAACACAGCUGUAUCAACAAAAAUAAUUUGAAACUUGUAUAAAUAGAUGAAGUGGAUAUGAGAGGAAUGUAAGCCUUAUAGAAGAGAAAAAAAAUAUGUAUUGUAGAGAGUCCUUGUCGAGUCUCCAGACUUUGAACGUAGCAAAGAGUCUCAGCUCUUUGUUCCCUAAACAAUCAGCUCUCAUCAACCCGAUCUCCGCUGGACGUCGAAACAACCUGCCUCGUCCAAACCUCAGAAGACGAUGUAAGGUCACCGCUUCACGGGCUAAUAUUGAACAAGAAGGUAACACAGUGAAAGAACCCAUUCAGAAUAUUAAAGUAAAGGGAUACAUAACGGCCCAAGAAGAGUUUCUGGAGGGCAUAACUUGGUCGAGAGGUCUCGAUGACAUUGCUGAUAUCCGCGGCAGAUCAUUGCUCGUCGAGCUUAUUAGCGCCAAGACUGACCAGCGUGAGUACACCUUUUUUUUCCUUUAACGAUUUUUUCAAUGAAAUUUAAAAUAAAUAGAUACAAACAUUUGUAAUAAAACUAGAGGCCUUAGAAAAGUCCAAAAAAGCAAUUGUUACCGAUCUAUGUGCUUAUCAAAGAGUAUUAAAGACAUGGAAUUUUUUUGGUUUGUAAAACAUUACAAGUUGCGUUAGUACAUAAAUUUAUCAAACAUUAGCUUAUGAAAUAAAAGAAGCUAGCUAGCACAUCAAGAGGAUUACGGUAGAAGACUACGCACAACGUGUAUGGGCCGAAGCCCCUGAUGAGAAGUACGAGUGCGAGUUUGAGAUGCCUGAAGACUUUGGACCAGUGGGAGCCAUCAAGAUUCAGAACCAAUACCAUCGACAGUUGUUCCUCAAGGGGGUAGAGCUUAAAUUACCCGGCGGGUCGAUAACGUUUACAUGUGAGUCAUGGGUGGCCCCCAAGUCCGUUGACCCAACCAAGCGGAUAUUCUUCUCCGACAAGUCCUACUUGCCUUCCCAAACACCAGAGCCUCUUAAAAAGUAUCGAAAAGAGGAGCUCGAGACCUUACAAGGCAAGAACCGCGAGGAAGUUGGUGAAUUUACCAAGUUUGAGCGCAUUUACGACUAUGAUGUGUACAACGAUGUUGGUGACCCUGACAAUGAUCCUGAACUUGCUCGUCCGGUAAUUGGAGGCCUCACACAUCCAUAUCCAAGGCGUUGCAAGACCGGUCGAAAACCUUGUGAGACUGACCCCUCUUCAGAGCAACGCUACGGGGGAGAGUUCUAUGUACCAAGAGACGAGGAGUUCUCUACAGCCAAGGGCACUUCAUUCACAGGCAAGGCCGUACUGGCAGCUCUUCCCUCCAUCUUCCCUCAGAUCGAGUCUGUUCUAUUGAGUCCCCAAGAACCUUUUCCACACUUCAAGGCCAUACAAAAUCUCUUUGAAGAAGGCAUUCAGCUUCCCAAGGAUGCUGGCCUCUUACCUCUGCUCCCCAGAAUCAUCAAAGCUCUUGGCGAAGCUCAAGAUGAUAUUCUCCAGUUUGAUGCCCCAGUUCUCAUUAACAGGGAUAGAUUUUCAUGGUUACGAGACGACGAGUUUGCUCGCCAGACACUUGCCGGCCUUAAUCCUUAUAGCAUUCAGCUAGUUGAAGAGUGGCCGUUAAUAAGCAAACUAGACCCGGCCGUUUAUGGUGAUCCCACCUCACUCAUUACUUGGGAAAUUGUGGAAAGAGAAGUUAAAGGAAACAUGACAGUUGAUGAGGCUCUAAAGAAUAAGAGAUUGUUCGUGUUGGAUUAUCAUGAUUUGCUUCUACCAUAUGUGAACAAAGUGAGAGAGUUAAACAAUACCACAUUAUAUGCUUCUAGAACACUAUUCUUCCUCAGCGAUGAUAGCACAUUGAGGCCUGUUGCCAUUGAGUUGACUUGUCCACCAAAUAUCAACAAGCCCCAAUGGAAACAAGUCUUCACGCCAGGCUAUGAUGCUACGUCAUGCUGGCUAUGGAAUCUUGCUAAGACUCAUGCUAUCUCUCAUGACGCCGGUUAUCAUCAGCUUAUUUCCCAUUGGUUGAGGACUCAUGCCUGUACGGAGCCAUACAUAAUAGCGGCAAAUAGACAACUAAGUGCCAUGCAUCCCAUUUAUAGGCUUUUGCAUCCUCAUUUCCGCUACACCAUGGAAAUCAACGCUCGUGCACGCCAAAGUCUUGUCAACGGAGGUGGAAUCAUUGAGACUUGUUUCUGGCCCGGGAAGUAUGCAUUAGAGCUAAGUUCAGCCGUCUAUGGUAAACUAUGGAGGUUUGACCAGGAAGGCUUACCCGCGGAUCUCAUCAAAAGGGGGUUGGCUGAGGAAGAUAAGACCGCAGAACAUGGAGUACGUCUGACGAUACCAGACUAUCCAUUUGCAAAUGAUGGUCUAAUAUUGUGGGAUGCAAUUAAAGAAUGGGUGACAGACUAUGUGAAACAUUACUAUCCUGAUGAAGAACUGAUCACAUCGGACGAGGAACUCCAAGGAUGGUGGAGUGAAGUGCGGAACAUAGGCCACGGAGACAAGAAAGACGAACCUUGGUGGCCUGUCCUCAAAACACAAGAUGACUUGAUUGGUGUGGUAACUACGAUUGCAUGGGUCACCUCAGGUCACCAUGCAGCUGUAAACUUUGGACAGUACGGAUAUGGAGGAUACUUUCCCAACCGACCAACGACAACAAGGAUAAGAAUGCCAACGGAAGAUCCGACAGAUGAAGCCUUAAAAGAGUUCUAUGAGUCGCCAGAAAAAGUGUUGCUUAAGACAUACCCAUCGCAGAAACAGGCGACCCUAGUGAUGGUCACGUUGGAUCUUUUAUCAACACAUUCACCUGACGAAGAGUACAUUGGAGAACAACAAGAAGCAUCUUGGGCCAAUGAGCCUGUUAUCAAUGCUGCAUUUGAAAGAUUCAAAGGCAAGCUCCAAUAUCUAGAAGGAGUGAUAGAUGAGAGAAACGUGAACAUUACUCUAAAGAAUAGAGCUGGAGCUGGUGUUGUUAAGUAUGAGCUUUUGAAGCCUACCUCUGAGCAUGGUGUUACCGGAAUGGGUGUUCCUUAUAGUAUUUCUAUUUGAUCUAUGCAUUUUCUUUCUCAAAAAUGCUUUCAUUAAUUUUCUGUAUCUCUGUCUUCUUGAUAAAAUGAAUAAAACAAAUGCUCCUUUGUCUCCUAUAUUAAUCUCAAACAGAUAAAGCU